AUGUUGAAUCGCUUGACUUGGCAUCCCUCUGGACUUCCGUCUUUCGAUGAUGCGAUGAGCAAUGACAACUUCCCCUUCAUCGUCACGGCCUGUCAAGCCCGCCCCUCUGGCCAUGGAGUCGUUAAGCUCAAGAAUAUACCUUUCACUACUCGACGCACAGAGGUCAUUGCCUUCUUGGGUCGCAACUCGCGAAUUCUCAACGAUGCAGACGAACCGGUGCAUAUAAUCAUGGAGCGCGUAACCAGCAAGACGCAGGAUGCGUACGUCGAGUUCCAGACCAUGGAUGACGCCAUCAGGGCCGUUGAGCGACACGAACAGUAUAUAGCCAAGGGCAAGACUCCCCGCCUUGGAGAUCGACCUGUCCAGCUGGAGCUUUCGAGUCAAGCGUCACUCAUGAAGGAUCUGUUUCCGAUUGCCACGGGCAUUGUCUGGAACGGGAAUGAGGCGCAGAUGGACCCGCCGAAGGCCACUCAGACAUUUGGCUGGUUCAAGGGAUUCAUCUCAGAGGAAGAGAUGGUCAUGCUCGUCAAGCACGUUGAAGUUCCCAAUCGCUCUCCCUAUGCCAAGGACUGUCCUCAACGCCCGUUCGAGUGCCUAAUCAGUACACUCAAGAAAUUACCCUGGUCGCAACACAAAUACAUUACUAUAGGCCAGCGAAACGCGAUCCAUCAGGCCACGGUCGAUCUCACGCGUCACCUGUGGUACCUGGUCCGGGACGGCCGGGACGAAGUCAACCUGAACAAGCAAUUGCUACGUCGCCUCGUGACGGCCGCCAUGACUUGCCCUGGCUUCUCUACGCUGCAGAAGGACAGUAUUGCCUACCUCAUGGGCAUGGACGAGCUCGAAGAACGGUCUUACGGCCAGCCUCGCUUCGCUAGUUCGUGGCGACACCUCCUUGCCCUGGGACCCAAGCCAGGAAUCCCGCUGGAUGUCAUCGAGUGGUAUAUUGCUGUGAUCCGUGAUGAGACGCGCAGGCGGGUCUCGAUGCUCCCACUACAGGCGCGAUCGGAGGUGGAAAAUUCCGCGGGAGACACAGACGGCUAUUUCGGCUUUCUCUGGUUCGAGCUUCUCGAGUAUCGUCAAUUCGGUCGAUCGUUCGACAAUAUGACCCUGAAGGAAGCUGCGGGCCAAGAGAUGCACGUCAUCGAGAAAAUUCUCCGCCGCGCCCUGAUAGGCCAUCAGGGUUAUCUUCGACCGUAA